GAAGGAAAGUUAAGUCACAAUUAAUAUAGAAACACUAUGGCACUGAAAUAUACCAAGUGACUUUAAACUAAUGCUUAAAAGAAUUAAAGCAGAUGAGUUCAAAGAUUUAUAUCAAGAAAACUGGUCUUAAGCCUUAACCAAGUUCUAAUAAUAUUCUUUUUGACGGUACUCCACGUGAAUGAGAAUCUGCAAUAAUGUUCCAUCUAACUAAAAGGCACGUUUUCGAUACUAUUUGCUUUAGGCAGUUUGAAAUCCAUAUACGAAAAAUAAAAUCAAAAGCAAGAUACUGCCAUAUAGAUUGGGAACAUGAUAACAGUGUUUUGUGGUUGGGAACCUGGAUAAGUUUUCAGACUACGUUCAGAUAUGUUUUUAACCAAAAAAUUUCCUUGUAUCAUCAGUACUAGAGAAUAAAAGAAAAUAACAUUGAUAUGCACAAAGUUUGGAAAAGAAACCCCUGUUCGAUAAAUCACAUAUCAAUGGCCUCUAUAUGUUUUACAUCCUCGCGUAUGCUGGUUGAUGGAUUUCAUGAAUAAUAAAGUAUUUCAUGGCUAAAAUAACCUUUGAAACUAAGCAAUACAAAAUAUUAGCAGAUUUCAGUCAUUGUGAUCUUGAAAAGAUUCUUAGAGGGGACUCUUCAAUAUCAAAACAGGUUUGUUGAACUUCAAUAUGAGAUAUCGUGAAAGAAUUUCAAUAUAAGAUGUUGGAUGUGAUAGAUUAUCGGCUUCUAUUUGAACAUUUGAAACCUGAUUAUCAAUUCUAAAGACAAUUUCCAUCUGAAAAUGUUCCAGAAAAAUUAUAGUUUCUUAGGCGAUUUCCAAAGAUUACACCAAGUAUCGCAAAUACUAUUAAUCAUAAUAAUGGAAAUACAAAGUACAGCGCUAUAAUCUCUCACUCAACUCAGUAUAAUAUCGUCCUUGAGCACGUGACAUAUCGGUUAGUAGCGGGUAACAAAGACACGUCACGUAAAUACAAAAGGUAAACGCGAGAUUCUGCCGCGAAACAAAAGCAACGGUAAAUUGCGCGUAUUCACACCUUUUGUUCCAAGGACUUGAGCAGCAGCAAAAUCUGGUGACCAUAAGAAAUUCAAAAUUUGUUUUGUAGAAUACCGAAAGGGUCAUAUGCAAAGAAAAUUAUGGAAUAAACAGAUCUUCAAUCGUGACAAUUUCGUAAUUUUUCCACGAUAUGUAAAAAUAUCUUUUUGAAGUACUUAACGCGACCGCGGAACGCUAGAUGAUCUUCUCGUUUACGUGGAAAUGUCCACACACAGGACAAAGCAGCCUACUCAUCAUAUAAUUCAAAAUGUAUCACGACGACACACUUGUACGACACACACCCGCUUAAUGAGCUACUUAAGGUUAAUUGCAAAAAGGAUACGUAAAAUUAGUUAAGCCUGGAAUUUCCAGGAUGCGACGACGCGCCGCGAAUUUCGCAGAUUCGGCUAGACAGGUAGACAGAGCAGAUGGCGCGCGCCAAAGUUGCCGUAAUUACAUGGAAUUCCUAGACAGGAGAGACCAAGUCGCCUACCUGCGCUCAGCACACCUCUGCCUAUAAAAGGUGAGCGCCGUGAGGUAGAGCAGCAUUCGCUAGAGUAUCUUUGCAAACUAAACAACACGGCUAGAGCAAAAAAGGUAGAGAAUUAAUACUACAAUUAUCAAACUAAUUUAUACGCAAAAAAUCGUGAAAAAACAAAUCGAAAAUGGCAACGCAACAGAACGCUAGUUUCUUCUCCAUACCCGUAUUCCAUUCGUCAUCGGAAUUUCGUGUGAACACAGCAUUCUUCUCCCAGAACGAUCUCACACUCUUUAUUGAGAACAUGGAGACCAUAGAAGGUUUGAGACGCCAAAAGUAUCAGCGUCGUCAGCACUUCGAGGAGAAAGUACGUGAAACACGCUUAAUACUGGAGAACUCACUACAAAUCUCGACACAUCAAAGCAAUAUGGGUUGCUUGCCCAGUCCCAGCAGUAUGUGUGGUAUGCCAAGUCCGACAUCAUCAGUAAUCGAAGAAUUAGAAGAAUUAUGCAUCAAAAAGGAAACACCUAAGCGCAUCUGUAAAAGACUAGAGUCACCAACCGAUCUCGAAGAGCUGAUACCAAAGCGUCCAGUCUCGAUGCGCAGAUCCUCAGAUGAGGAGGAGACUUACUUCAGUGACGCCAGCGACAGGUCGAACCGCACACCCACCAGUGUGGCCAAGAAACCACGUCUGCUAUUCGCCACAACAACGAAACCACUCAAAAGUAACAUCAACUCGGGUUCGGAUUCUGAGGAGUCCGGCAUAUAUCCAUUGAUUUGCACGCCACAACAAAAACAAUACCGCAAACGCACAAGCGCACUAAUCGAGAAACCGAAACGUUCGGCUGGCUCACGCAUACUCGCCUUACUACUGAGACGCGAAAUCUUGCGUGAUCAACAAAAACAACAACCCGAGGAAAUAGUGCACAUUAAGAAAGCCACCUCCAAUCUCAACGUGAGCAAGGAGCAUGGUGACGAGAAUGAUUUACACGAAUUCAUCAAGCAGAAAUAUAAGCGUUUCGCACUGCGUUACAUACGCAGACUGAAGAAGCAUGUCGUCGUCGAGGAAGAACAGGAGAAGCCCAGCGAUUUGGAGAUGUUGGACAAGGCUUUGCGCUACAUGACACUAUAAGACACCGAUUGAAAUGUGGCAGCAAGCGGGUACAUACGAGUACACAGGAAUCCAAAGAACCUCCAAGAAUCUCCAAGAGAUGACGCACUUAUCAUCACGCAUGACAAUGAUGAUUGAAAGAGCAACAAGUAGCUAGACAAUAACGGCGAUAAUCUUUCUUUCUGGGAACAAUGUUAGUUAUAGAAAUUUAAUUUAUAUUUAUGUAGUUGUAUAAGUACUGUUAUUAAAAGAUGAAGCGCACCGAAAUUAUUUGGUUUUUAUUUAUAUUAUAUAUAUGGUUUGCCAAUCAACUUUUUUCGAUCUAUAGUAUUGAAUAGAUCACAUAGAUUUUUAUAAAGAAUCGAAUUUCUUAAAUUCUAAAAGUUCUGCAAACUUACAAUGAUUUAACAAAUUUUUAAAGAAUUUGCAAAACUUCACAGAGGGAACAAGAUGUGUGGAUAUCAAACCCCAGCAUGGCACCGUGAAUUUUCUAUUUUUACCAAAUUUCUGUGAGAUGGUGUUUUUCCUACUGUUACCCACUACAAUAACCAACACAUCACAGCCAAAAAAGAUACACAUUCCUAGCUAACGGCGACAACAUAAAGCUACAGGUGGUUCACACCGACUUGCCGAAGCAUAUGGAGCAACACUAAUGAAGUAAUCGUGAUUAGAUGGGAAUGUGAAUUCAUUAAUGAAAUACAAAAUUUGACACGUCAAUUUACAUGCUGUUGAAGAGAGGGGUGCAGGGGAAUAUUUGUAUUUAGUAUAAUUAAUUAUGUGAGGUUUUCUUUGCUACAUAUUUUUGUUGUUAUUAAAAAGCCUGGUUGUAAUUGGUAGACCAAAUUUUAAUUAAUUAAUACGGAUGACUAAAUCACAAAAUUAGUUGGGGGAAAUUUGUACGAAAUUAAAUAAAAAUACCUACUUGUUUGAAUUUGUAUUUUUGGGAAACACCUUUGUUAAAUUUUAGGCAAAUAAAAAUGAAUUUGAAUUUAUUUUUAAUGGUUUUUGAAUUUUUACUCGAAGUAACAUAAAUUUUUACUACAAUUUAUUAAAAUGCCUACACCUAAUAGCUUCGUACUGAAUACAUACUAAAAACAUUGGCCUAAAAUAGUUCUCAAAGACUUUAGAGACGAUUUCUGGCCGACAAUGACACGUUCUGAUGAACGAAAGAUUUUUCAAUAUUCUGUGAUAUACAUAAGACAUCGGUAUUUUAAGACUCAAUAAAUUUAAAUUUGUUCUUCAUUGAGAUAUCGGCUCAUAAAAUAAACACUUAUCUUAGAAUGAAAAAGUCGUUUAUCAUAUGGCACUAUGCCGAUGAAAUUCGAGUUUCUCCGGGUGCAUAAAACUUUCGGAGAUUAAACAGAUGUUUGGACGCGUUUCUUUGAUAAAAAUGAAGGUUUCAGCAGUAUUUUUGAAACUGGAAGCUACAACGAAGCAAAAUUUUUAAUUUCUAUAUCAAACUAUCAAGGUAUGGCUUUCUCGACAAUCAUGGGAAGAACACUGGCUAAUAGAAUUACUUUUGUUGAGAUUUUAAGGCUGGGAAACAGGUCUUAUUGUCAAAUGCGAUAGCAUUAAAAAAUAUUCUACAUGAAAACCCAUUUCAUACAUGGACUGCUAGUCUACUUCCAUCCAUUAGUCAUUCACCCCUGUUGCGAGUGUCAACUGGCAGUAUAUAGUCGACUACUGAGUGAUGUUUAACUACCGGUGGUAUUGUAAUAACGUUUUUACACAGGAGCUAAUUGAUCAAUUAACCAGCCUCUGCUCGAUUAAAAUGCUUAUUAAGAUCACUUUACCAUACAAAAUAAAAUCGAUAUUUAAUUUUAAUUGAAUUUUAAUCGUCUUGGAAAUCAAAUGCAACUCUGCGACAAAGACGUACGAUACGGUAGAUGUCGCUGCUAAAAUAUUAAUCAGCUGAACUUACCAACUUCUUAUGUAAAGCAAAAACAAAAAUGUGUAACAGCUGAUCGGUUAUCGAGUAGCCGGCAGUAUAAAAGGCAAAAACAGGAUUCUCAAUAAACAUUUUGAUUGAUCAAUUAAUUUGGCUGUCUAAAAACGCUAUAAGUGUCGAUCAAACAUUCAACCAUCGACUGUGUAUGAUCUCUCGUUUAUUUGUCGACAGAUAUUUUUCAAUCGUUAUACAUUUUUGAGUUUUGUCGAUCAAGUUACACAAUAAGAAAUUAAAAUAUAAUCGACACCGCCAGUCGACACUCGCAAUAGUGGGGAUUGUUUAAUAAAAAAACAUAUUUUUUAUAUUUUUGUUAAGCUCAACAGCAAGAAAGUAUUUUAAGACAAAAGUGUAUUAUGCUGUAAUCUAUCCUUUUCUAUACUGGCUUUGUGAAAAGUGUAGCCAAUCAUGGUAUUGCUACUUUAUCAACACACAGACUUCAUUUGUAGAUAUUUCACACAUUUGUUUGGCCCUAAAGUGUCUGAGGACACACAAAUAAAAAAGCAAAAAAUCUUCUAACCAAAAUCAACAAGGAAAGCUGUGGUUGCCACUUGAAAUGACACUCCAAAGCAGCACUGAACAUACACAAAUAUGCACAUACAUAUCUAUUCAUAUGUAUGCUUUGAGUAUGUAUAAGUAAAUGAGCAGAAUGUGUGUAAAUAAGGACCUAUGCCUUUAACAAGCAAAAUCACCUUACCAGCACAUAUUAUCACACUUUUCCAUUUGUUACAAUUUACUCUGCUGAAGUGGCAGUAAGUAGCGAGAUAUGUGCUGGAUUUAGUAACAUUAUAUAUGCAUAAAUGUGAAUUCGAGCACCAGCAGUUGCAAGCGAGCAGUGCUUUCUGAGCUUUGAAGACACACAUUUGUUUACAUAUGCAAUUGGAUUAGAGGAGCAGAAUCACUACAGUCAUGGUGUUGCUGUAAAAUUAAAAUGAGUUUCAGGUGUCAACAUUGAUUCAAGCUAAAUUGAUGCGGCAAAUUGAAUUAAAUUUAAUGUAAAGAAAUGUA